AUGCAUAAAUUUGGAUACGGUCGUGCUAAUAAAAGAUACCUUGAAAAAAUGGUUGUUUAUGCACCAGAGGUCCAACUUAAUCAGGACAUUUACCGUCAGAGGGGAUUUGGGAAUUUUGCCACAUUGGAGGGUACCAUCCAAGAUGAGAAACAAAAGCUCCUCAAUGGCGCACUGCAAGAUUCAGAAUGUAACGGUCAGGAGGUCUCGAAUGAAGUGGCGAUACUAGAUGAAAAUCAACUCGCUCAGCUUCUAGUUAGAGCACUUUUCCCAUCUUUCGCCAAGGAAAUCCGAUUACAAGCGCUCAUCGCUUAUCAAAUUGAUGGGGAAAACUACCGCAGCCUUAUUGUGAAUCGAUGCUUUAAGCGAGUAGCUGGGGAAGAAGCGGACAAUAAGAUUACUGCAAUCUCGCCAGAACUGGUUGUUGCCUCACCUCUAAAUGACUCGGGCGUUGAGUGUGGCGAUCCUCCCGUUAGUGUCGAAACAGAGGGACCCGUGACACAGUCGACCUCGAGGAGGAAAAGGAAAUUCUGCAGACCUUGCAAGAUUCCACAAAGUCCACCAGGUGCCCUUGAAGAAGUUCCGCCCUGCAAGAUGCCCGAAAUGGAGCAGCAUUUGGUCGGUCAAACUCCAGAGGUUAGCGAUACCAUCGCACCAACUCUCAUGAAUGCUCUCGCUAGCGCGGCCCAACUGGAGCCCAAGCAUCAGGUCCCAAUCCUCCCUAACCUCACUUCCACUCCUCCAACAACCAACAAGCUUGUCCUCCCCCUUACCACGACCCCAAAGGUGAGUAGCAGCACUCCUCGGCCUAUUCUUCCACGCCCAAUGCUCACCAACACUACCAACGCACCGGUGACGUCAGUGCAGUCACUGGCUAGCCUACCAGACCCUUCAAACGAUCCCGUCUACUCUUCCGAGACAGAUGAUAUUCUCGCAUCCACACGGCGUUAUGGCAAGUCCUUUGUCUGUAACCAAUGCAAACUCGCCUUCCUCUCUCUCAACUCGCUAUGCGAGCACACCUACUCGCAGCACAAGGCCUUCCGAUGCAACUUCUGCGGCGCUCAGUUCACACAGCGAUCGAACCUACAGAGACACUCUCUGAGGCACGUGGGGUUUAAGCCCUUUGUGUGUGGGGUCUGUCAGAAGGAGUACUACCGGAAAGACCACCUUGUACGGCACAUUGAGGUCACCCAUCCAGGCACGGACUCGAAGAAGAACAUCAUUGUCAAGCUGACCUCAGCUGAAUGUCUGGACUAUCUAGAUACUAUCACACAGCAGCACACUCAACUGCAGCUUCAAAAUCCCCAGACAAAGUCGGAUAAGCAAGAGGAAUCAAUCGCACCGGUAGCCACAGCCAUGGCGGCGGUUGUAGACACAAAUCUCCCCGCGGAAACAGCUAGCAUGAAAGCCGCUUAA